AAGGUCAAUAAUUGCCAACAUGCCAAUCCCCACAACCAACUGGUACACACAUCCAGAGAGUGCUAUGCUUUGUUCCCCACCUGCCUCCUAUUAUUCUCGUUAUCGUUGGCGGGCGCGAGUAAAUGAUGUAGGCACAGUACGGCCUUGCCUCAGCAUGUUGUUCUGAGCCUCAAACCCUCCCCUGGAUUUCUCAUCACUCCACCACCCCUCGCCUGCCUUUCGGCGUGGGAUACUUCAUUUGUGUUUACCGGAGCUUAGCUCUAUGGCCACCGUUAAGGAUGAGACAUCAUCUACUCAUUCCUUCAGCUUCCUUACAGUAGGUUACAAAAGGAGCCCUGCGGGCACCACUUUCGCCACCUCUUCAGCUACCGGUACCUACAGCCCUUCUAAGAGAACCUAGCGGCGAUCCCUAGAGACAAGUUCCGCCUUUUCAUAAUAAUAUACCGCCCGAGUCAGCCUACCCCUCGGAAAAUAGUAGUAGAUAAGAUAUCGCUCCCUCCCACGCUCUUACAGCACACCGUCAUUACAGGUGCUCACACCAAAGAUACCGGUAUACGUGGAUGAGGAUGGGAUUCCCGGACCCGAAGAGAACGCGGUCGGCUACUGAUAAAUUUACAAAAGAGAGAACAUACGUUCGAAACCUUACGCUUCUGGAUCUCGAAGCUUGUGUCGCUCUGGAAGAAGCAGCCUUUAUCACCAGCGAGCGGUGUCCUCGGGAAACAGUAACUACUACCUCUUUCUCUGUCCACUUCUCUCUACACUCGACUGACCACUAAAUACAGUUUUCAUAUCGCCUUAAGGUCUGUCCAGAGCUAUGUUUUGGUAUAUUUACCAUCCGUCGAAACAAAGAAUACCUCCUCGGCCAUGCUAUCGCAACCAAGACCCUCUCGCCGUCAGUGACGGAGUCAUCCAUGGCCGUAGCUACGCCCAGACACUCUCCUCAUAACCCUGCCGGUCCAACUAUUGCUCUGCAUUCUUUCGCAAUACAACCGACACAUCAGGGCCGAUAUUUAGGAACUACGUUGCUUCAGGAAUACAUACGACGGAUGAUUAUGGGAGGAUGCGUGCAGAGAAUCGCACUGAUAGCAAGGGAUAGGUUGGCAGGGUUUUAUGAGCGAUUUGGCUUUCGUUGUAGGGGCGUGUCUUCGGUAAAAUUUGGAGGAGGAGAAUGGAUGGAUUUGGUUCUAGAUUUCUGACCUUUCUUUCUUGUUUUUUUUUCUUUUUUCUUCCUUUUCCCCCUCUUUGUAUCCCUCCUAUCCCUUUCCUAUUCUAAUUCCCCUUCUGAUUCUCGAUUUUCUCUUUGGAGUUGCGGUUGUGGCCUUGUCUGCCUGGGUUUCAUUAUUUCCACUUCCCUUACCUAUCAAUCUGUAUCACAUCUCUCCUGCCGGCAGGUUACCUUUCGCCACUACGGUACUAUAUUUAAUGUGAAAACACCUCUAUACUGUACACUAGGCUUCCCACCGUAUAACAAUAAAUCCCCCUUCUCUCUCUUUC